GAACCAGAGAGGAUGGCCGGGGCGGGCAGCCAGCACCACCCUCCGGGAGGAGCGGCCGCUGGGACCAGCGCGGUUUCCCCAACCGCUGCGGGACCGGGAGAGGAUUCAUCCGACAGUGAAGCGGAGCAGGAGGGGCCCCAGAAGCUGAUCCGCAAAGUGUCCACCUCUGGACAGAUCCGGACCAAGACCAGUAUUAAGGAAGGACAGCUGCUGAAGCAAACCAGCUCUUUCCAAAGAUGGAAGAAGAGAUACUUCAAACUUCGAGGCCGUACACUUUAUUAUGCAAAGGACUCAAAGUCCUUGAUAUUUGAUGAAGUCGACCUCUCAGAUGCCAGUGUCGCUGAAGCAAGCACAAAAAAUGCCAACAACAGCUUCACGAUAAUCACUCCAUUCAGAAGGCUGAUGCUUUGUGCUGAGAACAGGAAGGAGAUGGAAGACUGGAUCAGCUCUCUGAAGUCAGUACAGAGCAGAGAACCCUAUGAGGUGGCCCAGUUUAAUGUGGAACAUUUCUCAGGGAUGCAUAACUGGUACGCCUGCUCCCAUGCCCGGCCCACCUUCUGUAACGUGUGCAGAGAGAGCCUCUCCGGUGUUACCUCCCACGGCCUGUCCUGUGAAGUGUGUAAGUUCAAGGCUCACAAAAGAUGUGCGGUGAGGGCAACCAAUAACUGCAAAUGGACCACGCUGGCCUCCAUCGGGAAGGAUAUCAUAGAGGAUGAGGAUGGUGUCGCCAUGCCUCACCAAUGGCUUGAAGGCAACUUGCCCGUGAGUGCCAAGUGUGCAGUCUGUGACAAAACAUGUGGCAGCGUUCUCCGCCUGCAAGAUUGGAAAUGCCUUUGGUGUAAAACAAUGGUACACACCGCCUGCAAAGAUCUAUACCAUCCCGUCUGUCCACUUGGCCAGUGUAAAGUGUCUAUCAUACCUCCGAUUGCACUAAAUAGCACAGAUUCUGAUGGUUUCUGUAGAGCAACUUUUUCAUUCUGCGUCAGCCCUCUCUUGGUGUUCGUGAAUUCUAAAAGUGGAGAUAACCAGGGAGUAAAGUUCCUUCGUCGCUUUAAACAGUUGCUCAACCCGGCUCAGGUGUUUGAUUUAAUGAAUGGAGGGCCUCACUUAGGGUUAAGGUUAUUUCAAAAGUUUGACAACUUCCGGAUUCUUGUCUGUGGAGGAGAUGGAAGUGUAGGCUGGGUUUUGUCAGAAAUUGAUAAACUGAACUUGAACAAACAGUGCCAGGUUGGGGUAUUGCCUCUGGGGACGGGCAAUGACCUUGCUCGAGUUCUUGGCUGGGGAGGCUCCUAUGACGAUGACACCCAGCUUCCUCAGAUUCUAGAAAAGCUGGAACGAGCCAGUACCAAAAUGUUGGACAGGUGGAGUAUAAUGACGUAUGAACUCAAAUUGCCAGCGAAGGCAUCUCUACUUCCUCAACCCCCAGAAGCAUCUGAAGGAUUUUAUAUGACAAUUUAUGAAGACUCUGUUUCGAAUCACCUUACGAAAAUCCUGAAUUCUGAUGAACAGGCAGUGAUCUUAUCAUCUGCCAAGAUACUCUGUGAAACGGUGAAGGACUUCGUUGCCAAAGUGGAGAAGGCACAGGACAAAGCACUGGAAAAUACAGUAGUAGCGGAAGCCGUGGCCAAUAAAUGUUCAGUGCUAAAUGAGAAGCUUGAACAGCUGCUACAAGCCCUGCAUGCAGACACGCAGGCCAGUCGGGUUCCCCUGGGAGUCAGCCCUGCAAUCCCUGAAGAAGAUGCUGUGGAGUCCUCCAGUGAAGAGUCAUUGGGUGAAAGCAAGGACCAGCUCGUGAAUGACAUUGCAAAACCCUCCUCCCAGAAAGCCAUGAAGCCCCAGGAAAUAAUGCUUCGGGCAAACAGUCUAAAGAAAGCAGUGAGGCAAGUCAUUGAAGAAGCUGGAAAAGUUAUGGAUGAGCAGACAGUUCAACCCUGUGAAUCAAUUAGUCCAUCAUGUGACUAUGAUAGCCCAGAAGCAGAGGAAUCUAAAGAUGAUGAUUCGAAAGAGUCACCAGCAGCCAAAUCUACAUCUCAGUCUCCUGAUGCCCAGGCAAGUCGUGGCCAUUUCCAAACUGAUUCUGUCACUGGUUCAGCUAUGGCCACCACCAAAGAAAAUCUCCCUGUGCUCAACACCAGAAUAAUCUGCCCAGGUUUAAGAGCAGGACUUGCCGCCUCCAUUGCUGGGAGUUCUAUCAUCAACAAAAUGUUGCUGGCAAACAUUGACCCUUUUGGCGCAACACCGUUUAUUGACCCAGAUCUCGAUUCACUGGAGGGAUACUCAGAAAAAUGUGUCAUGAACAAUUACUUUGGGAUUGGAUUAGAUGCAAAAAUUUCAUUGGAAUUUAAUAAUAAGAGAGAAGAACACCCUGAAAAAUGCAGAAGCCGAACUAAAAACUUGAUGUGGUAUGGAGUCCUUGGGACCCGGGAAUUACUACAGAGAUCAUACAAAAAUCUGGAACAAAGGGUUCAACUUGAGUGUGAUGGACAGUAUAUUCCUCUGCCCAGUCUACAAGGCAUAGCGGUGUUGAACAUCCCUAGCUACGCGGGAGGCACCAACUUCUGGGGUGGAACCAAAGAGGAUGAUAUAUUUGCUGCGCCAUCAUUUGAUGACAAGAUCCUGGAAGUGGUUGCAGUAUUUGACAGUGUGCAGAUGGCAGUAUCAAGGGUCAUCAAACUGCAGCAUCACCGGAUAGCACAGUGCCGCACAGUAAAGAUCACUAUAUUUGGUGAUGAGGGAGUCCCCGUGCAGGUGGAUGGUGAAGCCUGGGUUCAGCCUCCAGGGAUCAUCAAAAUUGUCCACAAAAACAGAGCUCAGAUGCUAACAAGAGACAGAGCUUUCGAAAGUACUCUGAAGUCUUGGGAAGACAAGCAAAAGUGUGACUCUGGUAAGCCAAUUCUUCGGGCCAACCUGUACAUCCAUCCCGCCGCUGACCUGGCAACAGAAGAGGUGUCACAGAUGCGGCUCUGCUCCCAGGCAGCAGAGGAACUCAUUACUAGUAUUUGUGAUGCAGCCACGAUUCACUGUCUCCUGGAGCAAGAACUGGCUCAUGCAGUAAAUGCAUGCUCCCAUGCCCUGAACAAAGCCAACCCACGCUUCCCAGAGAGUCUUACAAGAGACACUGCCACUGAAAUAGCCAUCAAUGUCAAGGCGCUAUAUAAUGAAACAGAGUCCUUGCUAGUUGGCAGGGUUCCUUUGCAGUUGGAAUCUCCCCAUGAAGAGCGGGUAUCCAGUGCCUUACACUCUGUGGAGGUGGAGCUGCAGAAGUUAAUGGAGAUCCCCUGGCUUUAUUACAUCCUGCACCCCAAUGAGGACGAGGAACCUCCUAUGGAUUGCACCAAAAGAAACAACAAAAGCACAGUCUUUCGUAUCGUGCCAAAGUUUAAAAAGGAAAAGGCUCAGAAACAGAAAACAAGUUCACAGGCUGGACCUGGGGAUUCCGAAAGUGGGUCAUAUGAAGCGAAUUCUCCAGGGAAUUAAAGAGCUUGAAAGGAACGCUCCCAACUUGGUCUGAGGUGUGGUCACACCGGUGCUAUUUCCUGGAAGAGAAGUCCUGGGGACUCAAUACAGAGUUCUUGGAAGCCACUGGCUGUUCUUGCGAUUUACUGGUAGAUAAGCACCGCUGAAGCACCUCUCUGGAUGGAUGUUUUGCUAUGGGUGAAAGUUUUGAUUUGAGGUAUUAGAAAAUAAUUUUUGUGCCAACAACAAAAAAACAAAACCCAAUCCCUUUCACAAAGCCAUUUUCUUAUUGUGCAAAACUGACAUGCUCG